CAUUGCUUCCUGUUGCAUGUAACAUUAUUUUUAUCUUUUACAUAUCAAACACUACUAAAAAAAUAUUUAUAUAUUCACUAUCACGAGCACAGCACGUGCCACCCGUCCUCCGGGCCGGGCAGCCCACCAACCGGGAAAGCUCCUCCCCACCAACAAAAGUAUACUCUACUACUGGUACACUCCCCUCUAGAAGGUAGAAAGUAGAAAGUUAAAAACAAACACAUCCCCUGAAACCCACCAAAUGUUAUCUCCGCCCUUUAUCUCUCCUCUCUUCCCAUCCCUUUCUCUCCGAACAAAUCCGGAGAGGACCGGGCGACGGAAAAAGUAGAGAGAGGAGACGGAAUUUCCAAGAAAUGAACUCCGAUCGCCGGGCUUCAAUGGACAAAUAUCCUGAGGGAUGGGGCCGGCGGAGGAGCGGUGGCGGAGGGAAGACCAACCUCGCAUCUUGCGUGGUGGCGACGGUGUUCCUAAUCCUCGUAGCGGCGGCGCUGGUGGCGGUCUUCCUCGUCUUCUUCCGGCCCCGGGACCCCAAGAUCCAGGUGGACGACGUUCGGUUCCCGGGAUUCUCCGCCGCCAACGGCACCGUCAGCUUCACCUUCGCCCAGUACGCGGCGGUGCGCAACCCCAACCGCGCCUCCUUCUCCCACUACGACAGCACGCUCCAGGUCGUCUACGCCGGCAACCAGGUGGGCUUCAUGUUCAUCCCCGCUGGCCAGAUCGACGGCGGCCGCACCCAGCACAUGGCCGCCAGCUUCGCCGUCGACUCCUUCCCCCUCGCGGUGCCGCCGCCGGGGGGCAGCAUGGAGGUGGAUUCCCGGAUGCGGGUCAAGGGGAGGGUCAGGGUCUUGUGGUUGUUCACGCACCACGUGGAGGCUACCGCCGGCUGCCGCGUCGUAGUCUCUGCCGGCGAUGGCUCCGUCCUAGGGUUCCGUUGCUGAUAUCAUCCUAUCGGAUUUGGAUGGGAUUAGAUCGGGAAGGAAAUUGUAAAGGAAAAGGGCAAAAAAUGAAGAAAAAGAACAGAAAAAAAAAGAUAGAUUUUUGUAGGUCUGUGGGUGUACUGAAGAAUAGAUAUUUCCCCCUUGUUAAUUCGAGGGUUUUUAUUAUUUUUUUUAUUUUUUGCUCUU